AUGCAGUCAACACCUAACAGGCCCAGCAAGAUUCCUCGACCGGGGACAAUGUCACCCCGAGCCAGUCAAGGAAGCAAAAGCUCGGGCAGUGGGAGCUUCCAAGAGAACAAAAGCCCUCGGUCACCGCAAUCACCGGUCCAAGCUCCUACACCUGCCCCUAUCCAUGAUGAGAUCCCACUUGUCUCUGGGUUGACAAAAGGACUCGAGGACUGCAACUGGGAACAACUCCAGGGGAAAUAUGCCGAUGCAAUGGAGGAACAUGGCCGAGUAGAAGAGAAUCUUCGUGUUGAAACGGCCAAGCUCCUUGAGGUUUUCAUGGCAUGGUCUCAAACUACCGUUUCGCAAGACGAGAACAGGGCUUUGAAGAGGUUCAAGACCCAAAUGCAGCACGUCCAAAAUUCCGAAGUCAAUGUGGAAAACAAAAAGAAGCAUUAUGUGGAAGUAGUAAAGGCUUUCCAAAAUGCUCUCGCCCUGUUAAACGGUCAAAUGAAGAUUUAA